AUAUUUCAUUUAAGUGCUGCUCAGUUUGAACAUGGUUUUAUGGAAAAUAUAGUUUCCAAUGAGCAGAAACAAAUGACCAGAAUGGCAUUUGUUAUUAUACCGAUAAUUCUGAUCGUCUUAUUGGUCUUUCUCCUUGCAGUUGUCAUCUAUUUGAACUGUACUCGACUGAAACGUUGCUAUGAUCGUCGAAAAACUCGACAUUUUCGUCCAUUUGUUUGGAAUGGUACCAUACCACCGAUGAUGACCAACGGUACUGUACAUGAGAAACAUUUUCCAGUUAUCACAAAAUCGGCAUUCUAA